AUGAGCUUGACGAUCCAAUCGCAAAACAAGGUGUUUGAGGGUGUACUGACCAAAUACUCAUUCCGUUCAAAGGUGUUGGGUGGACUUGAGGCCAAAAUGAAUGUAUUUUUGCCUGAGAGUGCCAAUGCCGGACACAAGGUGCCGGUUCUCUAUUUCCUGUCUGGCUUGACGUGCACGGAGGACAACGCGGCCCAGAAGGGCCACUUUUUUGAGGCUGCAGCAAAGGAGCAGCUAGCCAUUGUGUUCCCAGAUACAAGUCCACGAGGUGCAAACAUUCCAGGUGAGGAAGAUAGCUGGGACUUCGGCACGGGCGCUGGCUUCUAUGUGAAUGCGACCAAAGAGCCAUGGAAUAAAUACUACAACAUGUACGAUCAUGUGCUGAAAGAAAUCCCUCAAUUGAUUGCAUCGGAACAAAUCCCAAUCGACGUGAGUCGAGCAUCUAUUUUCGGGCAUUCCAUGGGCGGACAUGGUGCUCUAGUCAUGUACCUCCGCGAACAAGCCCAUUUCCGCUCGGUCUCUGCAUUUGCUCCAAUUUGUCAUCCAACAAACUGCGAAACAGGCAAGAAGCUGUUUGAGGGCUACCUGGCUGGUGGUAUUGAUGAUGGAAAGCAGUAUGACGCGGCGGUCCUGCUAAGCAAGCUGGAGAGCUCACGUCAAGUCGAUGUGUUAGUGGACUGCGGGCUGAACGACAACUUUUACAAACAAAAACAACUGCAGCCAGAAUCACUUGUUGAGGCUGGUAAGAAGAGUGGUAUCGACACGGCACGCAUCCAAGUGCGUUUGCAUGAUGGAUACGAUCACAGCUGUACGUCCAUCGCGAAUAAACUUUAA